AUAAGAUUUGGGAGAGAAAAAUAAAAGAUUAAAAUAUCUUCCGAAAACACACGCUCUGCCGCUCUGGUCUCAGCCACUCUCUCUCUCUCUGUCUGUGUCUGCUUCCAUAAACUUGAGCUGAGCUAAAUUUCAGAUAUUAAAUGCCUUACUGAGUAUGCUUACCUUGACAUACUCACUUCCGGUCUUUACUCGGCGACCGGAAUUUAUCAAAAUCUCCCACAGUAGAAGCAGUGUAGUGGUAUGUGCUGCAAAAGGUCCAAGACCCAGGUACCCAAGAGUCUGGAAAGCCAAUAAGAGAAUUGGGACCAUUUCCAAAUCGAUUAAGCUUGUUGAGUCUAUUAAAGGAUUGUCAAAUGUCAAGGAGGAAGUUUAUGGGGCCCUUGAUUCUUUCAUUGCUUGGGAAUUAGAAUUCCCUCUGAUUACAGUGAAGAAGGCAUUGAAGACCCUUGAGAAUCAAAAAGAAUGGAAGAGGAUAAUUCAGGUAUCAAAGUGGAUGUUAAGCAAAGGUCAAGGAAGAACAAUGGGAACCUAUUUUACACUAUUAAAUGCUUUGGCAGAGGAUGGGAGAGUCGAAGAAGCUGAAGAGCUAUGGACAAAGUUAUUCUCACAGUAUUUGGAAAGCAUGCCUCGCAUGUUCUUUGACAAAAUGAUUUCUAUUUACUAUCGGCACGGCAUACAUGACAAGAUGUUUGAGAUUUUUGCUGACAUGGAGGAGCUUGGGGUCCAACCGAAUGUUUCAAUUGUUACAAAAGUUGGAAAUGUCUUUCAGGAGUUGGGUAUGUUGGACAAAUACCAUAAGUUGAAGCAGAAAUAUCCACCACCAAAAUGGGAGUAUCGAUACAUCAAAGGAAAACGUGUUAAAAUUCGAGCAAAUUAUGAAAAUGAUGGUGCUGAAAAAAUGCGGAGUAAGGAGAAGGAAACAGUCCACAGCUCAGAAGAAUUGUUAGAAGCUGAAUCAAAUCCAAAUGAAGACGUUGUUGUAGCUGAGGAAGGGGACCAGAACUCAAGUGAUUUACUCGAGGAAGCUGAAACAAGUUUAGAUGAACUCACGAUUGAAUCUAGAACCCCUCCAUGACCAGUCAGAUACAUCAGAGGGUUAUCAUGUUUUACUUCUCCCUAACCACUUCUAAUCAUUAUGGGAUGGUUGUCUGGUGAGAAAGGAGGCAAAACGAACUCGGCUUUGCUUUCUUCUUUUUGACAUGGAGCCGGAGAUAUUCAAAAUGUGAUGUUGUCAGGGAGAAACUGUAGGGUCCAAUUUGUUUCUCUGAUCUUCGUCGUUGAUGUGAGUCACACAGAUCAAAAGAAGCCGUGAAGGAAGUGUUGUAAUUAUGAAUACCAAACAUUCUAGGCUAUGCCUCUCCUCUUGAUGACAAAUUUAUAAAUGGUCGUUGAGUAAUAUCACAGUUGAGCUAGCGAAUCAAUAAAACAAACAUCACAUAACUUUGCCUU